CAGGUCACGUGUUCCGCCUCCUGCGCUCGGGAGCACGUCUAUGCUAGUGCUCCUGCUAUUUUUCCGCACGUCGUAAUCAUGUUCGUUCCCUGCGGGGAGUCGGUCCCCGACCUAACGAACUUCACACUCCUGAUGCCGGCAGUAUCCGUUGGAAAUGUUGGCCAGCUUGCAAUCGAUCUGAUUAUUUCUACACUGAACAUGUCUAAGAUUGGUUAUUUCUAUACUGAUUGCCUGGUGCCAAUGGUUGGAAACAACCCUUAUGCAACAGCAGAAGAAAAUUCAGACGAACUCAGUAUAAAUACUGAAGUAUAUGCAUUACCUUCACGGAAGCUAGUGGUGCUUCAGUUAAGAUCAAUUUUCAUUAAGUAUAAAUCCAAGUCAUUCUGUGAAAAAUUGCUGGCCUGGGUGAAAAGCAGCAGCUGUGCCAGGAUUAUUGUUCUUUCAAGCAGCCAUUCAUAUCACCGUAAUGACGUACAGCUUCGAAGUACUCCCUUCCGGUAUCUGCUUACACCUUCUAUGCAAAAGAGUGUUCAAAAUAAAAUAAAGAGCCUUGACUGGCUAGAAAUGGAAAAAAGUAAGUGCAUUCCUGAAAUGAGUGAUUCUGAAUUUUGUAUCCGCAUUCCUGGAGGUGGCAUCACAAAAGCACUCUAUGAUGAAAGCUGUUCUAAAGAAAUCCAAAUGGCAGUUCUGCUGAAAUUCGUUUCAGAAGGUGACAAUAUCCCAGAUGCAGUCAGUCUUGUCGAGUAUCUUAAUGAAUGGCUUCAAAUAGUCAAACCGUCUAGUAACAACCCCACAGCAUCUGCCUUGCCAUGGAAGAUCCCCAGCUCUUGGCGUCUCCUCUUCGGCAGUGGCCUUCCUCCUGCACUGUUUUGAUCAGUUUUUUUUCCCCCUGAGGUAGGAUUUCUCUGUGGUUUUGGUGCCUGUCCCGGAACUAGCUCUUGUAGACCAGGCUGGUCUCGAACUCACAGAGAUCCGCCUACCUCUGCCUCCCGAUUAAAGGCGUGCGCCACCACCGCCCCGCUCUUUUGAUCAGUUUUGAGCCUUCUCCCUCAUCCCAAAGAAAUCAUUAAAUGAGCUGCUGGAUAUAUGCUAUACAGAAAUGUAUGCUUUCGGGGAUAUGUUAGAAAUGGUUUUCACAGAAAAACCUCAAAGAGGUUCUAGUUGAUAUACUUGUUAUAUACAGUAAAUGUAAAUUUUGUACAAUAAAACUUUAUUUCCUAAGCAGUUUGUCUGAAAAGUAUCCCUUUUUAAAUCAGUACUGUACUAACUUCCUGUUUCUACUGUAAUAAAUUAUCAC